CAGCGCUGCCACCCCGCGGACAACUUGUUGCUGUGACGUCACAACUAGACACGGACACACCAACACACGCAUGAAUUUGGUCAAUAUGGCAAACAAUCUGUCAAACCCACAAUUACAACAACAACCGCGCAUUGACAGUUCGUCAAUAGGUCCAUACAUAAUCCGUACUCCCGAAUUUUCUCGGCCCUGGCGAGGAAAGUGGCCCGAAAAGUGGCACUGAAAACGCUAACCAAACAAAAACAAAAAGCCCAGCCCUACUAAAUGCUCCCCCAACCGCCGCCGCCGCACACCUUCAAGGUAAUGUCCGGGCCCGACGAGUGCCGCCAUUACCUGCGGGCGUUUAUCCACACAUAUCGCGACCUGCCCGUGCUCUGGGACACCUCGAUGCGGGACUACACUAAUCGGGAGAAGCGGGCGAAGGCGUACCUGCGGCUGGUGCCCAUCUAUCAUUACCUCAAGCGUGACGCGACUGUCGAGGAUGUGAAGAAGAAGAUCAACACGCUGCGGACCAACUACCGUAAGGAGCUGAAGGUGAUGGAGAGUGCUGUGCGGUCUGGCACUCAUCACAGUCCCCGCUGCUGGACCUUCCAGGAGCUGGACUUCCUGCGCAACUCGGAGAAGUUCUUGGCCGUCAACCCGUUCUUCAAGAACGAACCAUCCUUCCUCUUCAGUGAGAACAGCAGCUGCUCGACGGCCUUCAUCGACCAGCACGGCAAUCCCCAGCAGCAUUAUCCGACGCCGCGUGGAUCGGUCGGACAAACCCCAAACAUAAACAUUUCUGAAAUGUUCCACAAAUCGUUUGGGCAUGCCCAGCGUGUGGACAGCCUCCCGACGCCGUCGCAGCCUUCGCACUCCGACUACGGGCCAACUAAGAGGGCCCGACAGACGCCUCCGCUGAACAACGGCCCUGGAGGCGGAUCUGCCAGUGCGAACAACAGCCACAACGCGGACGAGCUGCUCAACAUUGCUUGCGAGUAUUUGGCCGGGACCUAUCCCGAGGAGGAGUCGAUAGCCCGCACAUGGACGCACAAGCUGCGGCGUCUACCCCGCGAGCAGCGGCUCUUGGCCGAACGCUUCAUCAACGAGAUUCUGUUCGAGGCCGAGUCCAACAAUCUCCACCGAGGCUCCCUCCAGAUCAACAAUAGCUUCGAGCCGUACGUCCGCUACGACGAGGCUUCCGCGGGGCAGGAGGAUCAGGACAAGUCGCAGAGCCCCAGUGUCCACACGUCCACAGAGUCCAAGGCGAUUGUCGCAGCAGAAGCAGCGGCAGUCGAUGCUGCUGCAGAAGCAUCUGCCGGCAGCGGAGGAGCCACGGUGGAGAUUAGAGAGUUCUAGGGCGCACGGAGCACCGAUUAGCCUUAAGUGUUAUUAAGUUUUUAUUUUCUGAUCGGACGUAAAACGUAAAACGAGGAAU